GGGUUAAAGGGGAAGUAGGUUUUUAAUGCCUGGGCACCCACUUCCCAUAAAAUACAAUAUAAAAUAUAUCCAAUGGCUGUGUGACAUCACAGGGAGGGCAUUUGUCCUUACUCAGCAGCUGUACAGCAAAGCAGCCCCAUCCAUGCACGGUCUCCUAUCUCCCUUCUUCUGCCUGCCGGUCCGUGUUUGCCUUGGUGCAUAUUGGGAAACCCUCCAGAAUCCAGCUGCACCAUAAGGAAGUAGUUUUCUAUCCUUCAGGGAUCGGGAAUACUUUCACAAUACACAAGUAAAACUGCGUUGAUCGAGCGAGGACUCUGCGUGGUCUCCUAUGUGAGACGGGACGUUUCCCAGAGAACAAGGAAAGGAGAAAAGGGAGCCGACAGGGCAAUAUACAGGUGCAGACUGGGUGUGUGAGAGACUCUUCCCUGGCUAUGGACACAGAAUUCAGCACGAGCUGCGAGAGGCUGGAUAUUGAGCUGAACCAUUCAGAUAAAAAGUCUCCUCUUUACCAAAGAAGAUCUAAAUACCUUAUCUACAGCUUGCUGGCACUGUCCUACAUCCUCAUCCUAACCCUCUUCAUCAUGUUCUUAUCUAAAGCAUCCAACUCUGGAGCAUCGAUGGAGAGCAAGAGUAAAGAGUACAGUGAACUGAAGAACAAUGUAUCUGUGCUUGUCUAUAAACUGAAGCAACUGGAAGAAACAUCACAGAGGAGCAAUUGUGACAGCGGCUGGAAGGAGUUUAAUGGGAGCUGCUACUAUUUCUCCAAAAGCAUCAUGGGCUGGAAUAAAGCCCGGGCCCUGUGUUUGAAGAAGGAAAGUGACCUGGCUGUCAUCACCAGUGAGAAUGAACAGGACUUUCUCUAUGAAACCACCCAGGAUGACCGUUACUGGAUUGGCCUCAGUGACACAGAUCAGGAAGGGGCAUGGGUCUGGGUUGAUGGAACAGACUACAGUACAUCAUAUAAAUUCUGGAAGGAAGGAGAACCAAAUGAUCAUCUAAAUAACGAAGACUGUGCUCACAUGUGGACUCAUGGAGAGUGGAAUGAUGUCCCGUGCUCUUACAGCUAUUGCUAUGCCAUUUGUGAGAAGAAAAUCCCAUCCCGCACAUAGUUUCAAUGCUAUGCACGCUCUGGGCUCCAUGAAGAGGGGUGGGGUCAAUUCAAUAAUGGCAAUGGGGAACAAAAUAGCUGCCCGAACGCUGAAGAUGUUGGAAAUAUAUAUGUUUAUAUUUAUAGGGGUAUGAAACACUGUACAUUGCUUUCUUAGUGCAGAGCAUAGCACAUAGCAGUUUUAUACUGCCUUUAUAAUACAGGGAUAGCUAGGAGUUGAUCAUAGUUCUGAUAUCCAUCACCUGUUAUCCACACAACAAGAAGGGGUCACUGCUCCAAAGUGGUUACAAGAUUUCUGUAAGUGGAUAGUGGCCGACCAAUAGGAGGGGGGGGGGCUGAAUGUAAAAGUAUUUCUAUAUUUUUGUAUUAAUGUUUAGUAUCACUGUACAAUACAGGCAGUGUUUGUUUCCAGCUGAUAUAAACAUAAAGGACUCAUGCUGAAUGUA